AUGCCUGCUGUUGGACAGGUCUUUGUGGAAGACCUAAGUGAGGUCUUUGUGGAUGCCAACAUCCACAUUUACCUUCCUCCUGCUGCCCGGGAGUCCCUGCCCCGUCCUCUGCCUAUGUUGGCAACUCGGGUUUACACGACUGUCCCGUACGGGACCCCUGGGAAUGUUCGCCUUGAACACCUGCAAGAAAUUGCAGGGUUCUACAUCCAGGCAGCGGGAGAGAAUGUCGCUCAGGUCUCCCAGGUGAGAUCAAUGGGUUAUUCGUCCCAAGAUGAUCGGGAGCCCACCCCUCCUCUGAAGGAUGACACUCCUCGUCCUGGAGAACGUGCUGGGACUCGGGCCCAUGCGCGGAAGUUGGCGCUUGAGGCUGCGCAGAGAAAUGGUGGUAGGAAUGCUGUUUAA